AACGAAAGAAGACCGAACAGGAUGAAGACCAUCCUGCUGGCGGCAGUGAAGGUGUGCAUGGUUGAUGCCAGGUUGAUCGUCCAGAUCAGUCAGGUUGUGCAUGACGCUUCGUGUGGCGAUUUCGACGCCUCUCCAAAGAGUGAUCUGGAAAUGGCCAGAGAGAAGCUGGCGGCACUCCGAGAAGAGCUGGAAAAUCUGAGACUGCAAAAUCAGACGUUGCAGAGCGUGGUGGAGGCGUUGCAGGUUGCACAGGAGGCUUACGACGAAUUGCUGAGUCUGCUGAGCGAAUUGGCGACAAUAACAUCAUGCACCGAUCCGGACGAAGAGAUUACAGGGGACGCGUCCGAUUUGCUGACUUACAUCUUAGACUCCAUGGAGGAAUUGGCUAGUCAGCUGCAGAGCAACCCUUCCCUGACGUCACAAAUGGAAUGCCUGGCCAAUCAGCUGAUCGACUUAUCAGCUGAUCUGAGGAGCGGGAAUCUUGAACCUCCGCCAGAUGUCGGUCUUUUCUUGAACCGAACACAAGAGUUGCAGGAUGGGCUCGGCGGUUCCUUAUCCGAAGCCAGGAGUGCUCUGCAGGAGGUGGCGAGUGCCCUGGAGGCGAAGGAGGCCGAGGUGGAGGCGCAGGAGGGGGAGGUCGAGUCCCUGCAAGGUGGAAGUCCUCCUGAAGGCGCUGACGGAGGCGAGGGCGGAGAUGAUUCUCAGCCAGAAAACCCAGAUCAACUGCCUGAACCGACUGAACCAGUAACUGAGACUGAGGCAACCGAACCAGUGACUGAACCAACGGCGGGGUCGACUGGGCUAUUUUUCGAGUCGACGGAGGUUCCAGUCGACCUGACGGCGAUGGAGCUGGCGUUGAACGAGACCCAGGAGGAGCUGGAGGAGAUGGAGGUGGCGCUGGAGGAGCAGGAGCAGCAGCACGCCAACCUGACGCAGGAGAGGCAGCUGCUGGACGAGGCCCUCAACGAGACGAGCGAGUCCACGCAGGCCCUGCAGGAGCUGGACGAGGCGCUGGAGGGCGGCGGGAGGCACCGACGGAGGCGCGACGCGAGCGAGAACUUCACGCUGCCUUACUGUCCCGAGGGCGAGAACAUCACGGGGACGGUUCUGACGAUGAUCCAGACGGUGGUCGCCGACGGGGUGUCCCGAUGCCUGACGCAGUUCAUCCGCCUCCUGAAGGACAAGAUCGUGGCCGGGGACGUGAGCAUAAGCGAGGAGGACAAGAGGAGGGCGAGGAACGCGACGAGCGAAGGGAUGGAGAAGAGGGAGGAGGCGAUGGCCGAGAUACAGGCGACGAGGGAGAAGGUCGUCGAGAAGCUGAAGAACGUGACGGAAAAGAUCGCCAAGCUUCAGGAGCUGAAGGAGGUGCUGGAGGAGGAGAUCGAGAAGGCGAAGGAGGAGAUCGAGAAAAUGCGAGAGGAGGAGGAAGAAGAAGAGGAGGAGGAAGAAGAAGAGAGAAGAAGAAGAAGAGGAGGAAGGAAGAAGAAGAGGAAGAAGAAGAGGACGAAGAGGAGGAAGAAGAGGAAGAGGGUGAGGGAGACUGGUCGCCCACAGCGGGGGUCCCCUCCGAAAUGCCCACUGAAAUUAUGGAAACGUCCCCUAACGCCCCUGAAUUCCCGCCCGUUUCAGAAGCAGGACUGACAGAGCUUAUAGCAACAACUAUCGAAGUCCCGCCGUUCUUCGCACCGGAAACCACCACCGCCGAACCGCUCGAGGGCCCGACAGAGACCCCGGAGUCGUCGACCACCGAAUCCGUCGUCGUCCCCGUGGCCUAC